GUAAGGCGUAACCGCGGUAGCCUCCAAUGUGCAGCUACCGCCCCUGACUCUGGGAGUUGAAGUUUCCGAAAGAGGACUCGUGAGCUGUAAAAACACCGCUCCAAAAGGCUUUCUGUGCGUACUCUCCCUGGCAACUCCUCAGCUAGUUUUUCAGAAGCACCAAAUUAUGUCAUCUGAAAUGUUGCCAGCCUUUACUGAGACUUGUAAUGUUGAAAGAAAGCAAAACUUAAAUGAAAAUCAAGAGCAGAGUCAGAAGCCAGGGUCAGGUGAAGGGUGUGAACCCAUAUCUAAACGACAGAUGAAGAAGCUAAUAAAACAGAAACAGUGGGAAGAACAACGAGAACUUCGCAAACAAAAGCGAAAAGAGAAACGCAAGAGAAAAAAAUUAGAGCGACAAUGUCAACUGGAAUCAAACUCUGAUGGAAAUGACAGAAAACGUAUUCGAAGAGAUGUUGUUCAGAGCACGCUCCGUCUUAUUGUUGACUGUAGUUUUGAUGACUUGAUGGUAUUAAAGGACAUUAAGAAACUUCAUAAGCAGAUUCAACGAUGUUAUGCAGAAAACCGACGAGCCUUGCAUCCUGUGCAGUUUUACUUAACCAGCCAUGGAGGUCAGCUGAAAAAAAACAUGGACGAAAAUGACAAAGGAUGGGUUAACUGGAAGGAUAUCCACAUCAAGCCAGAGCACUAUAGUGAACUCAUAAAGAAAGAAGACCUGGUAUAUCUCACAUCAGAUUCACCCAAUGUACUGAAGGAAUUAGAUGAAUCAAAGGCCUAUGUGAUUGGAGGAUUAGUAGAUCACAAUCAUCACAAGGGAGUCACAUAUAAACAAGCAUCAGAUUAUGGAAUUGAACAUGCACAGCUCCCCCUUGGAAAUUUUGUGAAGAUGAAUAGUCGAAAAGUUUUGGCAGUUAAUCAUGUGUUUGAGAUUAUUCUGGAAUACCUGGAAACAAGAGACUGGCAAGAGGCAUUUUUUACUAUCUUACCCCAGCGUAAGGGAGCUGUUCCCACAGACAAAGCCCGUGAAAGUUCCACGAGUGACAAGAAAACAGCCAGUGUUGAAGAUGGGCUGGACAGUGAUUCCAGUGAGGAGGAGUAUAGCAGAAAUGAACUAGAUUCCGCCCAUGAAGAAGAGAAGCAGGAUAAAGAAAAUAGCACGGAAUCUGCAGUGAACUCUGUAUCACACUAGUGUUAUCUCAGUUUUGUUUUUUGUUUUUUUAGUUUAAGAUUAGAAGAAAUUGAGGUUCUUUACUGAAUAUUCAGAAUUGGAAGAAAAUGAUAUUUUUAUUUUUUUUUUUUUAAUUUUACAGCUAAAUGAUAAGUCCUUUAAACUCAAGCAUUUUUUUGUAUGUGUGUGUAAAAUAAAAUAAAUGUGUGUCUUUUUAAAUUGUUUUCUAAGCCUCAGAUAAGAGUUUCUAGGGAAUUUUACUUUAUUAGUAGCCUUCAUUCUGUCUCAUUGACUGGAUUGUAUUCUUCAGAAUGUGCCUUCUGUCCUUUCAGUUUUAUUAUUUUAUGUUCAUAUCGGUGUCUUUCUGAUCUUUUACAUACUUAUCUAUAGGAGCAGAUAUUCAUAAAUCUACUAUGACUAUGAGAAUGCUCUGUUUUGGGGAUUACCCACUGUUAGCUUGCAGAUUUUACAUUCAGUGUAGUUACAUCAAAGGACUAUAGUGAUUUUAAGAAGUAUCAGAUUGACAGAUUCAGCAAUUCAUUUCUUUUGGACUGUGGAGCCCAUAUCUAUUCAUCCUUUGCUGUACAUUUUUACAGCUCUAAAACAGUCACUGAAGAGAUGAGAAUCUCUUUAAUAUAUUUUCUUUAUUCCUGAGGAGGUGGUAAAUUUUCCAAUUAUAAAAUUGAAUUUUUGCAGGCUAAAGGAUUUUAAAAGGUUACUUUUGAAGAAUAAUUUUUUUUAGCUGAAUAUAAUAAGAAAAAUUCUUAGCUAUCCUUCCAAACUUUUUAAAAAUAUCUGUUGGCACUUAAAGUGCAUAAAGUUAACUUUUUAUGUGCAUCCUUCUACUAUGAAACACGCAUAUAAUAGUAUAUACAUUAGUUUGUCCAUAUCAUGUAUGGUUCUCAGUUAUUAAUUGAUGAUAACAGGAUUAAGUUGUCAUAUAUCCAUAUUAUUGAAUGGAGGUUGUAUUGAACAACACUAAGCAAUUUGAAGUUAAUUUCGUGCAAAAAUCCAUAACUAACAUUUUUACUGAAAAGUUGGCAAGGGAGGAUGGGACUAAAAGGAGUUGUUUUAAUUACAUUGUUGUUAGUUGCUAUCAGGUCAGUUCUAACUCACGGUGACCACACGUGUACAAAGUGGAAUUACUUCAUAGGGUUUUCAAGACUGUGACCUUUUGGAAGCAGAUCAUCAGGCCUUUCAAGGAGCCUCUGGGUGGUUUUGAACCGCCAACCUUCUGGUUAGUAGUUUAGUGUUUAACCACGUGCACCAUUAUGUAGAGCAGUUAUAUUAAAGUUAUAGUGAUUAUUCUUUGUCACAGUUAAAGUAAAAUUUCAGGAAUCUUCAUUGAGUUUGGGCAAAAUAAGUUUCUGUUUUUACUCAUUGGUCUCUCAAAUUACAUGUAUAUUAAAAAGUUUAUUGAAUUUAAUGUUGAUGUUCACUGUCUUUUUGUUGCCUUAGUAAUCUAUUAGUAUACCCAUUUUAAAGUAAAGUCUGUGAGUAAGGUAUGUAAAUAAAGAAAAGCGCCUGCAAUUCUAGAGGAGCCAAGUUUAUGUCUUAAGUUGUAAAUUUCACAUUAUUCUGAGGAAAUAUGGUUUACUAACAUGAAACAGUAUGCCUUUAAUUACAUUAUUUUAUAUGAAAUAGGGCACAGUUUAAUUUUGAAAGGAGGGGAAAACUCAUUGCAGGUAUUAUGUAGUUUAAUUUUCAUUAAUUAUAAAAGAUCCAUGUCUUAUUUAGGCUGUUGAUAACAAGAAGAAGAUGACAUUCUCUUUU